AUGCCGCUUAUCAACUACUUCCACGAUUCGCUACCUUAUAUCGACGAUGAGCCCACAACGCAGGCUCGUGCCCACAUUGACAAGCUCAUCUCCGCAGAACUACCCCCAAAUUUUGGAACGAACCUUCAUCCUUCCCUUCCCGCUCUGCCCCAAAUCAAGCUCUCCAACCUCAUCAAACAGGAGCUCGACCGGAAAGAGGCUAACUUGCCCCUAAGCGGUGGCAUUGACCUUUCAAGAUACGAGGCGCCAGACGCUCCUGAGGAUACAUUGGCAUCAGGUAAAGCACCUGCUGAGGCUCUUAACAACUGGAAACAGACACUUCAAAGGGCAUACACAGCAAGCUCCCAUCUUUCUAUCAGACAAGUCAAUCUAUCUCUAUUGGAUGCACAUGGGAAGAACGCGUGGCUUAUUGGGAACUCUCAGCUGGAAGAUAUACUACGGCGGAUUGAGAAGGAACUACAGGAAACAAAGGAGGCCACUGAGGCCGUCCAUAAAGAGAGGAAGCUGAGGCAGGAAUCGGCUAAGGGCGAGCUUGUGGGGUUGGAAGAUGCGUGGAAACGUGGAGUUGGCGGCAUAAUCGAUGUGGAGUUAGCUGCGGAGAGGCUGCGGAGAGAUAUCCUGGAGACGAGGCGUCACCAAUCGAAAGCGCAUCAGCAGUAA